UCUCGUUCCAGUUCAGACAUCCGUUUUCAGUCGUUUUUUCCCAAUGGUCUUCAUACACGCGCUCACUCGUGCGUGCACCACUGCGCUGGCUGCUGCUGCUCGCGCCCACGCCACAGCGCCCACCUCUGCGAUCUCCAAUCCACACACUGCAUCCGGAUUGCGACUGGCUUCGACGGCUGCUGCAGCCAAGCCAAGCAAGCCGAGCACGCCAGCCGCCAAAGCUGAAGCCGCUUCUGCCACUGCUGCCACUGCUGCCAAGCCAAGCAAGCCAGCUGCUGCUACUGCUGCUGAUCCAACCAAGCAGACCAAGCAGACCAAGCAGACCAAGCAGACCAAGCAGACCAAGCCAGACGCCAAGCAGACCAAGCCAGACGCCAAGCCAGCCAAGGAGGGUGCACACGCUCCUGCUGGCGCUGCUGCUGCAUCACCGCCUGCCUUCUUCCCGUACACCAAUCUCAACCCUCGCAAUGAAGAGCUCCUCGGUAGCGCCAUCCGCGAGAAGGGCUUCUACCACCGCGUCUUUAUGGUCAAGCAGAGCCGCGCUUUCACGGCCUCGCUGCAGCACGCCAACAACCACCUCCUCAUCUCGGCGUCGACACGCGAGCCCAUUCUGCGGACGGCAUUGUACUCGACAGGCAACACGUCUGCCGCGUACAACACGGGCCGUCUGCUCGCCAAGCGCAUGCUCGAGGCUGGCGUCGUACACGCCGAGCUCGAUCUGCAAGGCCACAAGCUCCACGGCAGGCUGCUCGCGUGCGUUUUGGGCCUCCGACAUUCAGGAAUCAACUUGAACGAGCUUGCUGGCUCUACUUCCGCCAAGCCAGCCGCAGAGUCGUCGCCAGCAGCAAGCAAGACUAAGGGCGCUGCUGCUGCUACCACAAAGGCCAAAAAGCCGUCUGCUGCAACCAAGGCACCCGCGUCUGCUGCUGCCAAGUCGGCUGCUCCCAAAAAGGCCCCCACGACGACAAAGAGUCCUGCCGCACAACCAUAAUUCCAUGUCGUUGAUUCAAGUGUUAUCCUAAUGGAAGUGAAAGUGGUGGUUUUUGACUGUCGCGUGUUUGUGUAUUCCAACAACAAAUCAAAGCAGAGAAUGAAACAACUCGAAUCGUG